AUGAAGGAUUUUAAAGUUAGUCAUGAGAUCGGAAAGGGUAAAUACGGACGCGUACAUUUAGCAACAGACAAAUCGAGUGGAUAUAUCGUUGCUCUAAAGAUGCUAUUGAAACAAGAGUUAAAUCAUAAUAAACUCUUACAACAGUUAGAACGCGAAGUUGAAAUUCAAGGAAAUCUCAAUCAUUCUAAUAUCCUUAAAUUAUAUGGAUAUUUUCAAGAUGAAAAACGAGUAGUUAUGUAUAUCGCACAGAUCGCUAAUGCGUUAAAGUACAUUCACGAAAAUCACAUAGUUCAUCGAGAUUUAAAACCAGAGAAUUUGUUAAUCGAUAAACAAGGAGACCUCAAAUUAGCAGAUUUUGGAUGGGCUACUUAUGUACAAGAUUUUAAGAGUUCAUCACUUAGAACUAUUUGUGGUACUUUGGAUUAUCUCGCACCUGAAAUGGCUAAACAUCAGUCUUAUAACGAGAAGGUGGAUGUGUGGGCACUUGGGAUAAUAUGUUAUGAAUUAUUGGUUGGUACUCCUCCAUUUGAAUCAAUAGGUUUCCAUCCGACAAUCAAUAGGAUUAUAUUCGAUGAAGUAAUGAUCCCGGAUUAUUUAUCAAGAGAAGCGAGUGAUUUAAUCACAAGGGUAAUAAUUUAA